ACCCGAAGCGAGAGGGAUUCGGCGAAAUAUUACCCGAAGUGAUAUUUAUUUAAUAUUUGAAAUAUCAUCACUGAGGGUAUGUUUCGGCGAAUCCCCCAAGGGUCUAUAAAUGAUAUAUUAUACCGAAGGUAAAAGACAGCACUAUAAUAAGUUCAGAAUAAAUUAACUUUAAAACUUGCUGAAUAUUAAUUAACUAUAAAGCGAAUACAAUUUUUAAUUUCUUAUGUAUACCUGUGUUUUGAUGUUUUCUCUUUAAAAUAUUUGAGCAUGUAUUCUUUGGAUUAUUGAAGGUAACGUACGUCUUAAAAAUUUUUGGUUACAGUAAAUCAAUAAAUCUGCAUGUACGCACCUGUACGAAAUUACAAACAACAGCUCGCGAAUGCCAUGUUCUUUAAGAGCGUGCAUGGUAUCCUUUCGUCGUGUGUGAGCGUGAGAUACUAUAAUAUCCACUACAGUGGAUCUCACACUGCAUUGCGAAAUCAUGAAUUUGAGUGAAAUACCGUUAAAAAACACAUUGUCACGUAGUACAAAUGCUAUUCUUUUAUAGGACAAUUUGAAUUUGAUUUAUAAUAUAUUUUAUAUAUAGACACUUAAGCUCUCUGGCUCUGUUGUGUUAGGGGCCAUUCACAAAGGAUGUCCGGCCAAAUGAUGGAUUUUCAGACCCCCCCCUCUCCGCCCCUUGUCCGGCAUUGUCCGAAUUAGUGACCCCCCCCCGGGACAUCCACCAUGCCUCGCUAAAACUCACGCAACCUUGUAUAUGUCAAGUUUACUUUUAGAACUUUUUUAUAACUAUAAAUGUAUUGAAGGAAAGAAUUAGAUAAUAUUAUAAAAUGUUCAAAAUGCCAAGAGUUCAAAAUAGAGGAAAAAGAAAUUUGUUUUUGAAUUUUUUAAAAUUUCGGACAUCCGGAUUGCUGAACCCCCCCCCCCAUGACCGAGUUUGUCCUGAUUUUCCAAAUCCCCCUCCCUCCCCCUCGGCUCGACAUUCUUUGUGAAUGGCCCCUUAGUUUGAUCUAAUCAUGUUAUAUCACCAUGUCGUGCUACGGCAUGUAAAGUUUAUGUCUUAGACCUAAUUUAAUAAGGGUUUGGGGUUGCGUUGCGUUGCGUUAUGUUAUUUAAAAUUACAUUCGGUCGCCCUACAUCGUCCACAGUUAUAACUGUCCACAGUUGCUAAUGGUGAGCAGGACAACAGAUGCUAUAUGUACUUGUCGGCGCAAUUUUUGCAAGUAAACAUGUAAAUAGCGUUAUGUUUUUCGGUUACAUUUGUUUUGUCUUUAUGAUUAUAGUAAACUUGGAUCUCAGUUUGCAUGUUGGUUAGAUCCAAGUUUAAUUACUAAUCAUAAAGACAAAACAAAUGUAACCGAAAAACAUAACGCCAUUUACAUGUUUACUUGCAAAAAAUGCCAAAAAUUGCCCCGACAAGUACAUAUAGCAUCAGAGAUAGCAUCUACAGUGUCUGCUCACCAUUAGCAACUGUGGACAGUUUAUAUAACUGUGCAUGGACGAUGUAGGGCGACCUAAUGUAAUUUUAUAUAGCAUAACAUAUUAACAUAACAUGACAUGAGAUGACAUGACAUGACAUGACCGGCCCAAACCCUUAUUAAAUUAGGCGUAAGUAUAAACUAGGCUAACUUUACAUGCCGUAGCACGACAUGGUGACAUAACAUGAUGAGAUCAAACUAACCGACAACAGAGCCAGAGAGCCUAACUGUCUAUAUAUAAAAUAUACUAGGAGUUACUAUCGCAAAGAAAUUGCUGCCUCGCCCCUAAGGGAUCAAAGCCAGGCAGCAUGCAGGAUUCGCUGAAUAAGGGGCUGAACACAUUUAUAUGAUCCUACUUUGCCAGGACAAGUUGUGAGGCAGGAUUAUUUUUGAUGUAUUGAAAUAAAUUAUGGUGCACGAUUCAGCAAAAAACUACAUAGUUAACUGUAAACUAAAAGCAAUAAAAUAUAUUAUACCUCAAAUUCAAAUUGUCCUAUAAAAGAACAGCAUUCGUAACACGUGACAAUGUGUUUUUUUACGGUAUUUCACUCAAAUUCAUGAUUUCGCAAUGCAGCGUGAGAUCCACUGUGGUGGAUAUUAUAGUUUAUUAUAUGGAUAUGAGUAAAAUACCGUAAAAUACGCCACUGAUAUUUUCCGUAUUUCACUAUAGUGAAAUAUGAAAUCAUAUCUUACGCGGGAACGUCUCGCGCGGGACCCACGCUAAUUCCCGCCAUUUUCCGUUUCUGUUUUGAAUAUACAAUAUGACAACUUCUCGACAUUUUGUUGAUGUUUUCGACGCUGAUUUGGCAAGGUUUUCUGAAGAAAAUGAAAACACAAAAAGGAAGACUAAUUAGUCCUAUUUGGCGAUCUUCAGCGACUAUUUUGCCUCGAUUAGCAAGCGGAGAGACAUAAACAUUGUUGCCAUACGGUGAGCUACAAAACAAAAAACAAAACUUGAAUAAACUAAUAAAGUCAUACGUUUUGUUGUUUUUGCUUCAACUUUUAUCCAUAUAAUAAAAAGAACAUUUCACGGUGGCUUUGGAAAUAUGACUUUUAUUUUCUCGUGUUGAAAACAAUUUUUACUCACUCGCUGCGCUCGUUCGUAAAAUAUUGUUUUCACCACUCGAAAAUAAAAGUCAUAUUUCCGUGCCACCGUGAAAUAUCCUCUAUAUAUAUAUAUUUAUAUAUAUAUAUAUAUACAUAUAUAUAUAUAUAUAUAUAUAUAUAUAUAUAUAUAUAUAUAUAUAUAUAUAUAUAUAUAUAUAUAUAUAUAUAUAUAUAAAUGAAUGAUCAAAAUUAAUGAACAAUACUCUCAGCCUCUGGAGUGUCUGUACUAAAAAAACUUAACAAUAUACACUCUGCAACUGAAAGUUCAAAAUUCAACUGCAAUAUAAAAGUCGAUUCACUCUACAGAAAGCUUUAUUAAGAUGGUCUUCCAGUUUAACAGAAUAACAAAUAAAAACAAGAACUAAAAGUACUUAAAGACAUGUACUGAUUACUGUUAUAUAUUUUGUUAAAAGGCUUAUUAAGAUGGAUAAUUGAAAGUUUUGAACCUUCUGGUCGAUCAAGGUUAAACAUAAAUGAUAAAUGAACUACUUACUUCCCUUUAAAAGUUUGCUCGAUCAUAUUCUGCCUCCGUAAUUGACCAUUUGAGGCUGUCAAACCCCAAACCCUUUAAGGCUGUCAAUUUCCCGUUUGUAAUCUAAAAUGACUGAAAAUUGCAAACUUCGCAACGCUAUAUUUUCCACAUUUUACAACAUUUCGCAACGAAACUUUGGAAUAUUACUAAUUUUGUGAUGCUCUUUCAAGCUGUGAUGAAAUUUUUGUCUAGACUUGUUUAGAUCAAAAUUUAGUCUAUUACGCAAAUGGUCAAUUGGAAAGCAAGCUAGAAAUUGUGUUGUCAUACCACUGUGGCGAUAAAAUAUUAUGCAUGAGUCAAUUCCAGGAGUAACCACCUCCCCCCCCGGGAACACACCCGGGUAUUUGAUUUGAUUGGUUAUGAUAGUGUAAAUGCCCGGGUGCCGGGACACAACUUGAAGACUAAUGCACGGCCCUCGGGCAAGUUGAGAGUGGAAAAUGACCCACCCCUUGAAAUCGACUGUAAAAGUUAAUUAAACUUUUAAUGGCAUAUAGUCAUAGUCAUUUAAUAACAUUAUAGUAUUAAUCUGCAAUAGAAUAUUAUAAAACAUAAACCUUUAAUAGUUGUAUUUAAAUUUGCAUGGCACAGGGUAUAAUUUUUGCUUAUUCUUACAAUAAAUUUCACGCCACCUUGACCAUGAGGGCGCAAAAUACGAUCAGCGCGCCCACAUGCGUGCCUGAAACCAGGUUUUGCUGCCUUAAAAUUUGUGCGUGGGAUUUUGGUCAACCAUUUGUCAAUUCGCCGGGGUCCUCUAAUACCCGGCCCCCGUGCACAUGAAAGGCAAAUUCCCGACCCCCGUGAACUGUCUAUCGGGCAAAUUCCCGGGGGUGUCCCGGGGGGGAUGGUUACUCCAGGAAUUGACUCAUGCAUUAUUCCCGUUUGAAAAACUUUGAACGAACAAAACUGACGAUAUUUUAGGGCAAUCUGGAUGAUUUUCGUUUUAAAAGCAUUAAUAUAACAUCUUGUACCCACGGUGUAGCGAUCAGCUUGGUAAAACUUUGCAAAGUAUCUCAAAUUCUGGAAAAUUCACCUUGGUUCACGUUGUUCGCCAUACAUUUCUAUAGUAAUUUGUAUCACUCCGUGGUCCCCGGAAGUGAUUUUCGCAUAUAUAAUUUGGCUUCACUUUUCACAGCUAGAGAAGCUAUAUCCAGUCUACUAUUAGAUCAGUGGAUUAAGACGACUGAUAAGUAUAGUCGGAUUAUUCGUCUCGUUUUUACAGUCUUUUCAAUUGACGAAUAAUGCAGAAGGCGCAUAAUAUGUGUCCAGACAAAUAAUGCGUAUCUGGUAUAAAAACGGCUAAUGAUAUAAUAGGGAUGGAAUUAAUAUUAGAAUGUUAGGGUUAGUAAUCCAAGUGAGAAUAUAUUCAUUUUAAAACCUAACCAGGAACGACUGCGAAAAAUGCAGAACAAGGUCCUCUGGGAGGAAUUGAACCAACAGCUCUGCGAUUCCGGUGCAGCGCUCUAACCAACUGAGCUACAGAGGCCAGCUGUUGAGCUGCAACCGUAAGUUCAUGUAUAUGGUAAUCGGGUGUGCGGGUUGUGAUAUGGCGGACUUGAAUGAUGUGAUUUCUUGCACUUCGCUUGGUGGAAUUAAUAUUAGAAUGUUAGGGUUAGUAAUCUAAGUGAGAAUAUAUACAUUUUAAGACCUAACCAGGAACGACUGCGAAAAAUGCAGCCCAAGGUCCUCUGGUAGGAAUUGAACCUACGGCACGGCGAUUCCAGUGCAGCGCUCUAACCAACUGAGAUUCAGAAGCCAGCUGUUGAGCUGUAACCGUAAGUUCAUGAAUAUAUAGUUGUAACCCGCACACCCGAUUACCUAUAUAUACAUAAUAUAUAUAUACUAAAAAUGUAUAUAUUCCAUAGAUAUCUUAUAUACACUAGAUAAUGCAUCUAAUUAUCCUGCAAUUCAAAAAUUGAAGCCGUGAUUGCGUCUCAGGUAGUUCCCAUGAAAUGAAAAGAUUCGUAUGUUUUCUAUCUCUCAAACAGGAAACUUAAACAUUAAGUUAACCCUAUUACAAAUACGUUAUUAAACUAUUCAAAUGAUGAAGUUGUUGUUGUUUUUAAGCGUUUAUUAGCAAGUGGGAACGACCAACAUGGCCGCCAUCUAUUCAAAUGGUGGUAACCGCUGGAAUAUUCUUGGCUUCAAUUUUACUAAAAUAGAUGCGCUAUCUAGUGUAUAUAAGAUAUCUAUUAUAUAUUCUCACUUGGAUUACUUAAACCCUAACAUUCUAAUAAUGAUAUAAUGACCGAUGAAUGCGUCCCGUAAUCAUUACCGAACUAACGUUUCCAUAAACCAGAGCAAACAUAUCGAAAUAAUAGUCACCGAGUUUCCAAAUAUUGUUGUUGCUGUUAUCGUCACAAGAAAGAGAACAUAAAAAAUUAUUGAGAAUUAUUUUGGUCUGAAUAUAUUGUAAUUGGCAGUGUUUGCAUGAUUAUGCCAGUUGCAUGCAAUCGGUAAAUAUAAGGAAUACUAGAAAAUACAUACAUGCAGAAACCCUCGCCUUGCUGACAAAACCAUUGUUUUUUCCGAACUUGAAGUAUCUAAAGUAGUUGUCAUGGUAACACGAUAAUUUUUUAAGAAUAUGCUUACAAAUGAAAAAUCGCCUAAAAAUAUCACUUUUAAUUAUGGUUGCCAGAUUGGCCUCUUGGAGGCCAAAUAACUCGAAUUUGGCUUUUUUUUUUUCUUGCUUGGCCUCGAAAAAUAAAUUUGGCCAUUUGGCUUCUUUUUGGCCUGUUUUUAUUUUCAAGAGCUAUUUUUAAUUUCACGUGUAAUACUAAAUUAAUCAUGAGAAACAGGCCAAAACGAAACAAAAUUUUGUGUAUCACUUCUCGGAGCAACCAUCCUACAUUAUGCGGAUAACUUAGCUGCUUGUUUCGUCCAAACACAGUUCACAAAAUUCAGCCAAUUGUAAGUGUAUAAAAAUAGCCAAUGAUAAUAUAUAGGAUCAAGCUUAAUUGGUACUGUUUUCGCAGACGUCCGCCUCACGAAUAUUUUUGUAUAAAUGAAAUCCUACGUAACUGGCUAAAGCUCAAUUUCGUUUCAUACUUUCAUUUUAACCAACCUCGUCCCCAGGGCCUUCUUCAUUAGGGCGUGGAAGGCCCUGGGCCGAGGUUGCAUUUAGGCUUUUUGAAAAAUUAGUAGUUUGGCCUCUUUUGGUAAAAUUUGGCCUCAUUUUAUACAGUGUUUGGCUCCGAGCAUGCCCUGAGACCUGGCAACCCUGAGUCCGACGGCCUUCGUGUAUAAUCGUAUAUGAAACAACUAAACAAGACUGCAUAUAAUUCACUAGUGUAUCUUUAAUAUUGAUUCCCUUUUUUAUGAUAUUCAACUUUUUAAAUAAAAAAGAUCAUAUUUGCAAGCGAGAAUUUGAAAUCAUUUUAUUGCAAACACAGAGUUUAUCAAUAAAGCCAUUUUAAAAGGCAGAUAUUUAGUUUUAUAAAGAACUCUAGUGACUUUAAAACGUUUUGCGAAGCGUUUGUGGUUGAAUUUUACCUUAAAUUAAGGCUUCUAUUACGUAUAAUAACAUACCUAACAUAUAUAUGUUGGGAAAUUAAUAAUUUUGUAAUUAAAAGCAGGGUUGCCAGGUCUCAGGGCAUGCUCGGAGCCAAACAUUUUUUUGGCCUGUUUCUCAUGAUUAAUUUAGUAUUACACGUGAAAUUAAAAAUAGCUCUUGAAAAUAAAAAGAGGCCAAAAAGAAACCAAAUGGCCAAAUUUAUUUUUCGAGGCCAAGCAAGAAAAAAAAAGCCAAAUUCGAGUUAUUUGGCCUCCAAGAGGCCAAUCUGGCAACCCGACGGUCGGGUUUUAAACCAUUAUAAAAUCAAUAUUUAAAAUAAACUUACCUUCGUUAACGUCGGCUCCCUUCUAUUAGCCGAUUCUUUCGCAGUUUCUUUCUGAGAGAGCUUUUCAAAUUUACAAAAUCUUGCAAAAAUGCGAGAAAAAAUGGAAUAUAUUUGCAAGAAAUUUAUCAAUCAUCAAAUCACAAGAAUAAAAUCAGGAAAUGUUUGCUUACUAUGCUAUUUCGCUGUCGUCAUGCAGUCGUUAUGAUGCAAACUUUAAAUUGGACCAAUCAGCGUCCGCAAUUCAUGACAGUCCGCCAUAUUUUUGAGAUCAGUGAGGAUGACCACCCACCGAAACAUCGUUGGUGAGCCACGCCCGCGAUAUUUCAUGAACUUUAGACUUCGCUAAUGCUUUCGUUUCUCCGGGUGUAAAUAGCCGGGGGAAUUAGUACCCUCGCACGGCGCUUCGCGCCGUCGGCUCGGGGAUGAGCCCAAAUUUUGAGGACAAGUAUUACAUAUACCGGCACAAAUUAUUGUCCAGUGAUGAUUGACUAACCAAGUGUAAGUACAACCACAUGUAAUGGUCGACCUUAUACAUAAUGAUGUCACAAGGUUUGAUGCCCGCGUGGAAUGCUGGUCUUAGUAGUCAUCGCCCGGGAAAAUUAAAGAAUUCAAAGUGGCCACUAUCAAAAUUUUCCAGUACGAUAACUACUAAGACCAGCAUUCCUCGCCAGCAUCAAGCCAUGUGACGUCAUUAUGCAAUAAGUUCAUUCCUCGGACAUUCCCCUCUCAUUCCCUAUCGAAUUUCCGCUCAAUUUCCGUCGAUUCCCGCUCAUUUCUUUCCCAAUUCCAUUCUCCCUUCUUCGUUCCCUAUAUCUUAAGUUUAAAAAAUGAAGUGAGCCACCCUAUAAGUUGUGGACACACAUGCAAACUACCUGUUGGAUACUCAAGUAUAUUGGAAUAAAUUACAAUGUAACCGGCUGGGCUUGAACAUUCCUUGUAAUUUAAUAUUCCGUUAUCGUCUUCAUUUUAAGCUUUUAAACAACGAAUUUUAUAGCGAGCUUAAUUUAAUCCAGCUUCAGUAUCAUAUUUAUGGUAUAUGCCCACGUGGUCGUCGGCAUUUUUAUCAAGUUUAUUCAACCUCUCGGUUGAUGGCAUUGUUAUGCUUAGUUGUCUAGAAUCAAUUCCGCGGCAAGCAAUCAAAGCGAAGUAACCAACAAAGUAACGCAUUGUGCGGUAAGUUAUUUGACGAUCGGUAAUACAAUUGCUGCAUGAGAAGUAGACCCUGCGGUAGAUUGGCUAUAGAGACUGCUCUUUAUCAAUUGCCUUCACAUAUAUUGCAGUCUGCUACUCUUCACAGAGUCUAAAUCGUAACUGUUUACAUAUUGCUGGAAGCCAAAUUUCUGCAACGAAUCUCACAAUACAGGAACUAAUCUUCUUGUGGUUGCAUUUGUAAAAGGUUUUGCUAAUUUAGGAUACGAUCAAUUAAUUCUUUUCUCUUCCGCUAUUAUUUCGAAAACGGAUACAAAUAACUACAUCAACAAAAGCGUUUUCGGAUCGUUCUCGACUGUCUACACUACUGCAUUGCAAAACAUCCUAAUUGGCCGGCGUAUUUUUUCAUUUCGUCGCUAAUCAUGGACACAUCUUCGAAGAAAGGCUGCAUGGAAAUAUCUUCAGCCUAGGGGAAAUCCUUGCGAAUUGUUCCUACAGGUCGAAUAAAAAAUUAUCACUUGUAUAUUAGGCUUGUAGUUGUAGUGACUUCCCAAUUGCAAUCGAAUAAAUUAACCCAGGAUGGUGUAGACUAUAUUUUGCAUACAUGUGGCUUUUGUGUACUGUAAGUUUUUUUUUCAGUCUAAAGCACAUUUAAUAAUUCAGUUAUAUAUACAAGCCAUUCAGCUGAAAUCAAACAACUAAUCGAAACAUAAGUACGUUUGCUGUUUGCUGUCCACACCAAUUCAAAACGCCGCCCCUUUCAAAUUUCUCUUCUUACAUAUUCGUUUCGAAGAACUUCGGUUUCGUGGGGACGGUAUCUGUGUUCCAUCGUAUCAUAGUCAUAGUUUGACGAUUAUCGAAUGUGUAUACAAAAGCUAAUAUGCGUUUUCCAACCGUCGAAAACGGAUAGUGUGGACGGAGUCUUAUAGAUAUUAUAUAUAUAUGUCACAUUCUAUAUCAGAUGUUCUUUGUUGGCAAUAUGUUAAUAACAUUCGAUAUCUUUAAACGUUGCACUGCAGGAGAAUCUGUUAAUACGAAAUAUUAUUUUAUGUUUUGUUAUAGGUUUUUAUCUGUAGGCUGCUCGCAGAUAAUUUUUAAAUCAGAUAUAAUAAGACUGCGACUAUUACAAGGAAAAUAUUAGAUAGUCGUAGCAGCUGCAGGUGUUUGCACGAAUAACCUGCUUCUUGUGUACAUAAUGCAACUCUUUAUAUAUUCAAACUUUAUCCUGAUCCCACCUGAUUGGUUAACAACCUCAGCUCGUUCGCAAUAUCCGGUAUCUGUCACGUUAUUUCAACUGCUGGCGUAUAUUGGCGUGUAAUACCAGUGCAGCGGGAUGAGAGCUGAUAACUUUUGUGCUCCUUUGAAUUUUACAUUAGUAGUGUAUAGUUAACAAUCAUUCUCCGAGGAGAAUAACCUAGCACUAUAUAUAUACACCGAGACUGUAGUGAAUAAUUGUUUCAGCAUAUAGCACAACAAAACAAAAACGGCCAAAAAGCAACAACAAUUAUUCUAUUUAUUAUUCAUUGUACUAUUUUCUUGUAUUCUUAUUGGUUAGAAGCCAGCAGUUAAUUUUCCGUAUGUCGGUGCAGACACGAACAUGACAAAUAAAUCUCGCAUCAGCAUGUGAACAUGACAAACUUAACUCGUACAGUAUCUGUAGGUGCCCGCGUAUUUUUGCAGCGGUAUUUUGCGUCAAUUGGGAAAAAAUUGGAAAUUUUGUAAAAUUAUUUUGUUUUGACAGUGGCUUCUGCUGCUUCUGCUCGUUUUGCUUCGGUUUUAACUGAGCAAAUUGAAAAAAUAGUUCAAGACAAAGAUUCUGAAAAUUUAAAGAUUCUGAAUAAUAAAAGAAUUAUUGAAUCGGCUUACGCAGGAUAUCGGAAUUAUUCAGACCUCGGUCAGAGUUACCUGCCUCAGCUUCGCUUCGGUGAUAUAACGCUGACCUCUGUCUGAAUAAUUCUGAUAUUAUAUUGUUCCGCCUCAUACAAUAACUUUUUAAGUAUUUCAGCUCCCGUAAUAGUUGCAAUUUGUCAACACUAGAAACAGUAUUUACACGCUUGACGCUUUUAUUAAUUUUAUCACUUAUAUUUAUUACAAAUAGCUUUAAAGAAUACCUCUAGACAAAAGAUUCAAAAAGAUUAAAAAAGAUUCAAACAUUUAUUUGUGCCAACAAUAAACGUCCAGCUGGUAGUAUUUACAGUACGUCCGGUUUUACAUCCAUAUCAUAACAAAAGCUCCUCAACUAAAAUAUUAUAAGUAUUUGAUCUCUGCUCAAAGCGUUGGAGUGGUUCUAUCUCCAAUAUUAUACCAUUUGAUUUCUGGCCGACCUUGAUCGAUCAUGACCGCCUUGUUGGUUUAUCCAUCUGUUCGUUAAAAUCCGACCCCAUGUGAACGUUGACUAACUGAGCCAAAAAAAUUUUUUUCAAGGUCCUACGAUAUCAUAUGGACUUGGACACAAGAACAUUGUAUUCAUACAUACUAUCUUUGAUAACAGUUGUAAUCGUGGUGUUUUCACUGAGACUGUAUAGAAAAUAUCAGAUAUCAAGAUAUGAACGCAAAGUAGUGGAUAUUUCUAGGUUGCCCACUGGUGCAGUCACGUUCGACGCUAUCGUCAACGAAUUUCUCAACUUAAAAGAAAUUUCUUGCGCAAUACGGAAAGCUGGUCUGCAAAAAUGUCAACUUAUUCUUGGAAUUGACUUCACUGCGAGUAAUGAAUGGCAAGGGAGAAGAACAUUUUCCCGGAAAUCACUUCAUGCUAUUUCGGAGAAAGUUGACGAAUGUUAUGGUCGCCGCGGUUCAAUGCAUCAUUUAGGAUUAUUUCGAGAUAAUCCAUAUCAGAAAGUAAUUUCUAUCCUAGGUCAGACCCUGGAACCGUUGGAUGACGAUAAUCUUAUUCCUGCAUUUGGAUUUGGAGACUCGAUAACUAAGGAUAAAGAUGUAUUCUCAUUAUCAGGUUUGGUGUUAAUUAACAAUUAUUCGCCGAAGGCGAGGUGAAUAUCGCUGAAUAAAAACCGAGACGAAGUCGAGGUUUUUAUUCAGCGAUAUUCACCGAGCCUGAGGCGAAUAAUUGUUUUAGUAUAAUUACAAAGGUGAUUAUUUGAAAAAAAUAAUAUAACACAUCUCAAUUUUUUGAAAAUCGUUUAAUUAAAUUCAUAAAGAAAGCGGUAUGCGCAAUGAAGGCGCUCGUAUCGCCAUCAAGGAUGUUUUUUGUAGUAAUUCCUAUCACUUUUUCUUACAGAAAGGUAUAGAAUUUUGAUAAAAAUUCGGUUCAUUUCGUCAGUACUCAUGUCUUCAAACUCAUUUGUGAAUUCUGACUGUUGUUGAAACCAAUCUGUAGAAAAUAUUUUUUACAAACGUAAACAAAUGUCUAGACAAUUGUACGGCAAUUUAAAAUAAAACGAUGUUUUAUGCGAAAUAAAGUUAAGCAGAUUUCUGCAACUUAGUUUCCUACCUCGAAAUAAUUUUAAGUCAAAUUUUGUCUCUUCUUUCGUGCUCUUAGGUACAGCAUUUUCUUUAAAAUUACUUAUUUCUUUAUCUGUCACUUUGGCAAAAGAACUCGCCGCCAUUUUGGAAAAACCGCUUAGGUGAUUAUCGCGUAAUAAUCCGAGGUCGCUUGACCAAUCAGCGGCCACAAUUUUCGAUAAUCACCUUUGUAAUUAUACUAAUAGUCAAUAGGAUAAAGAAAUUAAUCGGGAUGUAAAUGCAGAGGUUCCUGAUCUACCCUAACCUAAAUAGAAACAUUAACUGAUAAAGGAUUUUAUUGUAUUUUAUCUAGAUUCAAUUCUCAGUCUUCUCUAAUGUAUAAACUAAGUUUUAUAUAAAUUAUAUUUGUUGAAAAAGAAAAGAGGCAGACUUUUGAACUUGUGCUAAACAAUAACUUUUUAAAAAUGUUUGAAACCUUUCAAAAUUACUCGUUACAAACCCGAAUCAAGCGAGGAUGAGAACGAAUGAGAUUUGGGAGUCACGCGACAUUGGUUAGCUGUUCUUAAUGCAUUUCAAACACUAUCAUGUAUUCCAUUUAAGUUGAAACAUAGUUCAAACUCUGAUCGAACGUAUAUUUUGUUAACAAAGAGCUUGAAAUUUCCUUUGUAUAACCUGAUUUAACAUGGAAUUUAUCAUAAGUGGUAUGCUACAUUUGUUAAGAGCGGUAGAAUGACACCCUCAGCCAGUUAUGACUUAUGAGCAAGAUUGUAGGAUUUGGCGGACGAAGGUCUGGUUAAUAUUUAGAUUUUUUUAAGUGCCUGGUUCUUGUCGUGAUUAUUUUCACCAUCUUACAUUAUUUUCACCACCUAUAGCGGCUAUCUUGCAAGCCUAUUUCUAGUCAAUCCUCUUUCCAAUGAGCAUUAUUUUAACUAUACUUUUUCUUCUAUUCCAGGCAAAAUGAACAAGCCAUCAUGUAAUGGAUUCCAAGAGGUUUUAUCAUGUUACAAGGAAGUUGUACGACGUAUUGUAAUGAGUGGUCCAACUAAUUUCGUGCCAAUCAUCAAUAAAGCAAUUGAGAUUGUGAAGAUGACAGGAGAGUAUCAUAUUCUGGUUAUCAUUGCUGACGGUCAGGUGUCUGACGAACAUGAUCAGGUUAGUCUAUCAAUUAAAGUUAAUAUUAUGAGAUACAUUUAGAAAAUUUAUGAAAUGCCUACACUAGUCGUUUAGUCAGCGCAAUAUGCUUUGCUUUUCCCAAAAUUAAGUAUACUAUUUAAAACACGAGCAGGAGUGGUUUAUCAUACAUAAAUACAACCAUUCUGAUGAGUUAAUGGACCUAUUCCAUAAUGAACAAAAUUUUGAUCUAGACAAGUCUAAACAAAAAUGUCAUAACAACUUGAAAGAGCAUCACAAAUUUAGUAAUAUUCCAAAGUUUCGUUGCGACAUGUUGUAAAAUGCGGAUAAUAUAGCCAUCCGAAGUUUGCCGUUUUUCAGUCAUUUUGUAUUACGCAUGGGAAAUUGAAACCUUUAAUUUUUUGCCGGAGAAAGCGGUAUCAAUUUCCCGUGCGUAAUACCAAUCGCUCGCAAUACGCAACAGUGAAUUGUCUUGUUAGUUUGUUAGGAAUCAUAAGGCUUAGUUGUUAAUCAAGAACAGCAUGCCUAGCGUGCUGUUUUCACAUGCACGAGUGAACUGAGCUGUAAUAUACAAUUUGGCGAGUGAUUUUGCGCGCUUUUCUUAACUUGAACAACAUUCCCAAGUGUUUGGAUCAGGCCAUCCAAACACGGAAACAAUAAAGUAAUUGUUUUAUAAGAUAACAACUUUCCGUUUUAAAAUUUCACUUAAAAAAAUUCCGUGUUUCGAUGGCCUAACCCAAAGACAGGUUUCGACCAAUCAGAGCACGCGUUAUAUACAUGUUAUUUUAUAAUACUAUUUCAAGCACUCGUUAAUAAUUCAUAAGCUUAUUGGCAAUCAUGUCAACCAUAAUAUUGUAUGUCACGUGCAGUGACUUUAAACAUGAUAAAACAUUCCUAAUUAGUAUUCAUUAUAUAAAGAAUACUAAUAAGACAGUUUCUAUUGUAGUCGUGUCCUCACUAGUAUUCUUUAAUAUAUAAAGAAUACCAAUAAGCUUAAGGCAGUAUAUCUAUUGAUUUUGUAGUCGUGCUUAAAGCCGUUUAAUAAACUCGCAGGUCGUGUUUUAUUAGGUCUAAAGCCACUCGCGCUGCGUGCUCGUAGUUUAAACCUAAUAAAACACUCCUGCUCGUUUAUUAAAGGUGAUGUAAAGUCCGCAAUGUAAACAAACGCUUUGUUUACAUUUUGAACUCAGUGCUACAGUUGUAAAAUACGAUUAGAUAUAUAUAUUAUAAUGAAUUUUUAACACUGUUGCGGUUCGCUAUGCUUGUAAAUGAAUGCAGACUAGAGAUUCAAUUCAAGAAAGUUCGGAAGGGGCGAAAUAUUAAACAACAUUCCAAAGGUUGCUCCCCCCACUGAUGGAAUGUGUUGAUGCGCAGAAUAUAUACGCAGAACGGACUUUACAGCAUAUUUAAACAGUACAUGUCUCAUUAUAUUAAAUUCCCUGAGAAUUUUUCUCCAUGACUCCAAGUCACAUAGUUAUUUAACUCAACGAGAUAACUGCGCAAGUCACAAAAUAAUGGUAGUAUUAUAUUAAUAAAAGCAAUUAGAUCCAAUAUUCGAAUGCGAUUUUAUAUGUUUGGAGGGUACUCAGUAGUUUUAUGCACUAGUCAAUUGAAACCUCGGCCUCCCGACCCCCGGGAUAGGGCGGGGAAAUUAACAUUUUGACAAUGUUAAAGUUUGGUAAUUUCUCCGUUACUGGGGGAAUAUUGACUGUUAAAGUUACCGCCCCUAUGGCCCCGCACUUUGCAAAUUUUCAUGACUUGGGAAAUGUGAAAUCGUUGAAGUAUAAAAUGUUCACAACAUAUGAAGGCAAUUCUUGAUCUUAAUCUUUGAUCCGCAUCAAAAGAAACUGAAUAAUCUACGUUUCGAGUAUCUUGCAGUCAUCAUCAGGAAUAUAUAAAAAGUGAAAGUAUAUUCCCCUUUUUUUAAGAAAAACUCAAUUGAGGAAACAAUUCUCUGAUUUCGAAGAUUCUGCAUGUUGCUACGAGGAUAAACUCGUUCCGGUCCACUGACUUUCACAUCAGCCGCGCUUUAAAGUCCCGACUAUUGCCCCGGCUAAUAAAUUGACUUGUUAUUUACCCUGUACCCCGGGAGAAAUGGUGCAUUAAAACCGCGUUAAUCCACGGCCAUUCCCCCGUUAAUUCCCCGCCCUGUCCCGGGGGUCGGGGCCGGGGUUUCAAUUGACUAGUGCAUUACUGCUGGCAGUUCAAGUUGUGUAUUCUUUUAAUUUUUUAAAAAAAUCUUUAAAACAUUCAAUUUCCUAACAAAUCUCUAAAACAGUUCACGAAUCCGGUUUUUAGAUAAAAAUCCUUAAAAACGAGAGUCCUGCUAUGCAUUCAAUUAACGGCAAAACGGGGUACUAUGUUGAUGAGCUCAUUCAUUAAGCUUCUAUAUAGCCAAUAUGGCUUAAGUUCUGUUGGACAGAUCUUUACAUUGCUUUUUGGAACUGGUCAUUUAUAUUUACAAUUGAGUUAAGAAAACUACGCGCAAGUAUAACGCCAUUCCAUGUGCACAAGAUAGAAUUGGACGCUUUUUGUUUACAAGAUUUCACAAGCGUUCUUGAAAAUGUGACACUUCCGUAAGGUACAAUAUAGCCUGCAUAGCCGAGAACAGCUUUUGUGUCGCUGUUCAAAAUGAACACUAUACGUACUGGUUAAAAUGCGUUUUAGUGAAUUUUCAACCGGUUUUCAAAUAAUACGUAUUGAUGUAGACGAACUGACCGCGCUAUUCCAGUGCUUGAAAAGACUGGGACUGACCUUCAAGUUUGGCUUCAAAUUUCCAGUUGGUCGUAUCAUUCCAGUUAUAUUAAUUUCAAAUUCAAUGGUCACACUUAAUACACUCUUUCGGAAAGUACGUCACUUUGGCUAUAGAGCCUCGUUUUCGUGUAUCUGACAUCAGUUAAAGUCCACUUCUCAGUCACGAAAACGAGGCUCUAUAGCCAAAGUGACGUACUUUCCGGAAGCGUGUAUUUAUGUAAAACGUGCGGAAUCUUGGAAAACUCAGUGCUAUUGUGUUCGUUUAAACAUUCUGUGAAAAUUUUUAACAAUGAAAUACAAAUCGUUUCUACUGAUCUAAAAUACAGUUUUCGGACGAAUCCGUCUAUUGCCUUUUCCUUAAAGCGUUGCAACCAUUCAAAUUCAUUAUAGUUUACCAGUAAAAUUCUCUUGUACGACCUAUUAUAAAUUAAUUUGAAUUUUUAAGCCUGAAGGGUAAUCUUUUCCACUAGCUUUUGUUCUUAAAUCAGCGUUCAAAAUUGCUGAAAAACGAUGAAUGUUAUGCUUGCAAAUCAUGGGGUAAGCUCGAUUGCAAGGUUCUGCAGGUCUUGUAGAAGUUGAAUCCUUCUCAUGAGGUAUAAAGGCCUGUGUAAGAGGAUGUAAAAUUAUAAUGUAUAAAAGACAGUCGGAAGACAGCGGAAGGGAGAGAUCAGCUUUCUUUUAUUUAACCAUUUAUUUUAUUGUAGGCUACACGUGCUGCAAUAGUUGCAGCCAGUUGGUAUCCUCUCUCAAUAAUCUUGGUUGGUGUUGGAGAUGGUCCUUGGUGUAUUAUGAAUAAAUACGAUGAUAAACUACCUGGAAGACAAUUUGAUAAUUUUCAAUUUGUUGAUUAUCAUUCAGUGACCAAGAAAGCUUGGCGUUCUGAGUUAACUUUCGCUGUCCAUGCCUUGAUGGAAAUUCCAGACCAGUAUAAAGCAAUACGAGCACUGGGAUUGCUGGAUACUAUACAGAGUGACUCAGGAAUAGAGUGAAGACUUUUGUGUGUGUGUGUGUGUUCGUGUUAUGUAGUCAGGUGAAAAUGAUGAUUGUGAUGUUACUCUGAGUGUGCAUCCACAUUGGGCGAGCUGAAAAGAAUGCCUGACCACGUUGGGAAUCGAAUCCGCGACCGUUGGGAUACUAGUCCAAUGCUCUACCAACCGAGCUUCGAAGGUCGCGGGUUCGAUUCACACAUCACCACGAUUCCCAAAGUCGCGGGUUCGAUCACCCCCGUGGUCAGCUGGCAAACUUAUCAGUUUGCCCGGUGUGGAUGUACACGCAGAGUAACAUCACAAACAUGAGAGUGAAGAAUGUUUCAAAUAUAUAGUUACAGAUUUGUUUCAAUCCGGAACUAACUUUCUUUACAUUUGACAGCAAUACCAAGU